GUCUUGGGAGGUGUUGAAAAUUUCGAAGAAACGGCAUGGAUUCAGCAUACAAAUUCGAAUAUUUGUAUUAGAAUUUGCUACAAUUUCAACUUGCAAUUGUAUCUUAAAAUGGAACUCAAUAAAACUUUAUUAACCUGAAAGUAAUUUUCCCGCCAAUUGCGGACACAGUGACUGUCAAAACAGUGCGAACAUGGAUGAGAUCGGUGCCUUAAAGAAGAGAAUAUUUACAGCGUUUAAACUAAGCGGAUUUGCUAUACGAUCAGAUCCGUGUCUAUUUCUUGCAAACGAGCUGCUCUCCUUUGAUCCGGAGGAGCGGGAAAAAUGGAUUACUUUGAUAACCGAAAACAUCCAAACCCAAAAAUUGAACUCAAUAAAUGUCGAGCAACAUCACAUCGAAACAGCUAUUAAUGAUAUAAAUCGUGUUGGAUUGGACAGUGGAGAGACGGUUUUCAGUUUGAUAAAUGCAUUCGAUGUGCCACGAUUCGAGUAUUGUAAACAGAGGAAGAAAUUCGUGCCUUACACUGGAACGACUGAGUUCUUACCGACAGCUGAAAAAAAGACUAAAUACCUCAAAGAUCGAUACACACUUCUCUUCCAGAAGACGAUCAGACACGAGUUAUUUUCGCCGGCGAUAGAAUGUACGACAGCAAAAUUCAAAAAAUUCAAACUGUACACCGUCGAAACUCUUCUGUCUACAUCAAAAGUUACAGAAGCAGUAGUCCUUGGUCUACUUACGCAACUAACAGAGGGUAAAUUUUACAUUGAAGAUCCCACAGGUGCCGUUCCACUAGACCUCAGCAACGCACGAUAUCACUCCGGUUUCUUCUGCGAAGGCUGCUUUGUGCUUGCCGAGGGUAAAUAUCAAGAUGGUGUCCUCCAAGUUGCCGGAUUGGGAUUUCCACCACCAGAACCCGCUCAAAGCAGUCGUGCAUUCUUUGGCACUCAAAACUCGUGGGGUGGUGAUUCGAAGAAUCUACUAAAAUAUUCUCAGCGGCUUUUAGAAAUUGAAAGGGCUAAUACUGAAGCUACAAUCGUAUUCCUGUCAGACGUACGAUUAGACAACCCAUUGGUUAUGGAAAAGCUGAAGCUAUUAUUCCUAGGAUAUGAUGACUGUCCGCCAAUAGCAAUUGUGCUGAUGGGUCCCUUUGCCAAACCGGACAACAACCUAUACAAGCUGAAACAACUUUUCCAAGAUUUGGGCGAAUUGGCCAACACAUGUGAUCGAUUGAAAAAGCAAACGGACUUGAUUUUGGUUCCAGCAGCAGAAGAUCCAGCCGCUCCGAACAUAUUGCCGCGUGCUCCGAUACCGGAAGCGCUUGUUGGCGGACUGAAACAAAAGUGGCCGCGAACCAAAUUAGCCACAAACCCGUGUCGAUUGCAAUAUUGUACUCAGCAAAUUGCAAUAUGUCGUGCUGAUUUGGUAACUAAAUUGUGCAGGAAUACAUACCAUUUUCCGGAUGUGGAACAUUUGGAAGACCAUUUUGCCCGAACAUUGAUCUGUCAGGGUCACUUGGCGCCGGUUAGUCCCAUAGUUUUGCCAAUCUUUUGGGAUUAUGAUAGUGCGAUGUCGUUAUACCCUUUGCCAGACUUAGUGGUGAUUGGAGAUCCAAGUCAACCAUUUUGCACCACCCAACAUGAAUGUACCAUUUUGAAUACGGGCUCAUUCAUCAAAUCGAAGUUUUCAUUCAAAGUGUACGUCCCGUCAACAAAGUCAGUGGAAGACUCUGAAAUUCCCGACGAUAUGGAGGCAUAGUAGAUAGUAAAAACUCUAGAUCCCACUUGAAAUAUUAAUUUAAUCCUUAACAAUAUGAUUUUUACAAAAACUAAGUCCGAUAAAAAUAAAAAUCAUGCCAGAUGAUCUA